AUGCCUAGCGUUAUCGGUAUUCCAGGACAAUCCCGAAGGAUUCUGGAUAUAGGCAGCGGUAGUGGCUUACUAGUACAUCUGUUCGCCGAGAUCGCUGGAGAAGCAAGUUUGGUUAUCGGUGUCGAGCAUGUCGAUGGGCUUAGAGAUCUCGGCGAAGCUAACAUGAGAAAAUCAGCUUGUGGUUCAUCGUUGCUCGAUACAGGUCGUGUUGAGUUUCACUGCAGCGAUGGACGACAAGGUUGGCCAGAAUCGGGUACUGCAAACAAGACAGAUGGCGAGGAAGGGAAAUGGGAUGUUGUUCACGUUGGUGCCGCGGCAUUCAAGUUUCAUGAUGUGCUGGCUCAGCAGCUCAGGAGCCCCGGCCGUCUUUUUAUCCCUAUUGCUGAAGAUCAGGAUGACUGGCAAUCAGGUCAAACAAAGUCUUUGGGUUGUUGA